UUAACGGAUCCAGAUAAAUGACGCAAAAUCCCAUAGAGGCUUUAGGCCAAAACUUGGAUUUAAUUCAGACUCAGUUUCCUCAACUCAUGAAAUCUCUUGAAGAAAACCAAGAGAGCCAGCUCUUUGGCCAUAAUAGCAACCAAGAUAUGGAAAAUAUUUGAGAAAGACCCUCACUGGUGAAGGAAUCUUAUCAUAUAUCUGAUUUCAGAGACUUUGAUUGUUCCAAAGUUAUUGAGACUAGCUUCGGACCUUCAAACUUUGGAAACACUCAGGCACUUCACAGAACAAGCCAACAGAGCAUUCCCACAGAAGUUUGCAAAGAGCCAAAUUGUAUUGAUCAUCCUUAUUGAAGGUACAUGAGCAACAUCGAUAUGGAUGUAUCAACCAAAUUCAACCUCUACCAGUCAUUUAAAAAGAAGAACCACAACUUUAAGGUUUGAGUCAGGAUCAGACCUCUUGCUGAAGACGAAAGAAGAUCUAAAAACUCAAAGAAAGACUCAAAUAUUUGUCUUAACCAUGACGAAUACAGCAUCAAGCUUAAAGGAGACAAAUCCACAUAUGACUAUGCUGGUAAAAACAGCCAAGGAUUCUACUAUGACUAUGUAUUCGGAUCUCCUCUUAAAAACCAACAUGUAUUUGAGCAAUCCCUUCUCCCAAUGCUCCCUAAUAUCUUCGAAGGGUUUAAUGUCACUUGCAUGGCUUAUGGAAUCACUGGAGCAGGUAAAACCUAUACAAUGCUUGGAAACACAAUGAAUCAGACGCAUACUAGGCAGAGCUUGGUUCCUGUUAAAGGGAUCUCUGAGUUAGCGAUGGAUUACAUAUUCGAUUUUAUCAAUCUAGAAUCUACUCAAAAAUCAACGGCUAAUCUGAACAGUAAAAAUAACGUCCAAUACAAAAUUAAAAUUUCCUACCUCGAAGUCUACAAUGAACAGAUAAGAGAUCUUCUCAGAGAAGAUAAAGGAAUCAACCUCAUCAUCUUAGAGGAUGCUCAGCAUGGCAUGACCGUACCUGGUCUUAAGGAGUGUGAAGUAAAGAGUUCAUCUGAAGUACUCUCCCUGAUUAACAAGGGAAACAAUAGGAGAACAAUGGCUUCGACACAUAGCAACAGGUUCUCUUCAAGAUCGCAUGCUAUUAUUCAAAUAUCUAUGGAGAGGACUCAGUUCUUGCAAGAAGGUGCUACCAAUGAAGCUGAGAGUGCCUCAGUAUAUUCUAAGCUGACUCUUGUUGACCUGGCUGGUAGUGAGAAAGAAGACCAAGAGGAUUGAGUGCAGAACAAGCAUCGUCUUGAAGGGUCUAACAUCAACAAAUCCCUUUUAGCACUUGGAAACUGUAUUAAGAUCUUAAGUCAACUUAAGAGCAAAGCAGGUAAAAGCAACCACAAGGGAAAAUUUGUCCCUUACAGAGAUUCAAAGUUGACCAGACUUUUAAAAGAUUCUCUGGGUGGAAAUACAAAGACUCUCAUGCUUGCUUGAGUGAGUCCAUCUUACUCUCAUUACGAAGAGACUUUGAACACUCUAAAAUAUGCAGCUAGAGCUAGAAAAAUUCAAAACCCAGCCAAAAGAAAUGUCAAAAGCCAGAAGAAAUCGAUUGCUAAAGUAAAGAAACUUAUUGGCGAGUUGAAAAUGGAGAUUAUUUCCAUUAAAACUGAGAUUAAGAAAGUGCAAGAAUGAGAAGAGCCCAAAAACCAGAUCUGAAUAGUGAACACUAACAGAAGAAAUUCCUUCAUUGAGCCAAACAACUACAAUUUUGACUCAGAAGAUUUCCUUGAGAUACUAAGCUACACAAAAUCUGCAUGACUUGAAAAGAAGAGACUAAAGACUUUGAAAAAAUUUCUGAAGUAUGAGCUUGGACAUCUAAUAAAAAGCUCAGAAAUGACCAAGGAGGAGCACGACAUCGAGAAUAAACAGCAAGAAAUUGAAAAUAAUUUCCAGAAUCUCAUAAUUUCCAUGAAAGACAGAGUCAGACUUGCCCAUAACCGAAAAGAAAUUACUGAUGCAAUGGCAAAGCAGACAAAUGAAGAUGCUGCUCCUUAUAAUGUAAACCUCGAAAAUCUUCUGGAAGAAAACACUUCUGCACUAGAUACAAAUUUAGAAAAGACAGAAGGGCUUGUGAAUACUUUGAAGUCCCUGAGGGAUAUCACUGAUGAGGACAACAAUAAAGAAAACCAGGAGAAUUUAGACUUCUAUAAUUCUAAGAGAGUAGAAUUAAAGAAACAGAAUACUGAUUUGAAGGAAUACCUUGCACAGGUUAAAUCAAAAUAUUCUGAUGACAGUGAGAUCCAGUCAUUAGAGGCUCAAAAGGCUCAAUUGAAAUCGAUGAUUGCUCAGAAGACUAAAGCACAUUCUGAUGUUCAGACUAAUAUCCAUAUUGUUGACUCUGAGAUUAGAGAAACGAGGAAAAAGGCUGCAGGGACCAUUAACUCCUUAGUUAUCCAUUUCCAAACAGACAUCCUUCAGAAGAUGAAAGACAAAAUUGAUAAGCUGAAUGAAGAACAAAUCAGAAGAUCCCAGUUAAAAUUGAUGGAGGAACAAGCGAAAGAGCAGAUUGAAAAUAUUGCCCCUGAAGCAGAUUUGGGAAGUAAACCUUCUCGAUGCAUAUGAGAUGACAGCAAUAGAGAUGAUAACCAGGAGGAAAAUCCCUUUGAGAUUUACUUAGAACAAAAUGAUGGAAUGGAGUCUCCUAAAACGAGAAAACAGAGUACUCCUCUCAAGCUAAAAGGAAGCUUCCUUCAGCACGAAGUAAAGGCUGAUAUCGAGGAGGAGCAGAUUGAGUUCCUCCAGAAGGAAAAAGAGGAAUUCCAGAUCGAACUUCAGAAGGUUAAGGAAAGAGAAGUCCUCGCUCAGAUCGAAAGAAAGAGACUCCAGCAAGAACUUAUUCAAAUGCAGAAGAAUAGGAUUGAAGAAGAACGCCAAUUCCAAAAAGAUACAAUCGAAUUGGAGAAUUUAAGGAAAAUGAGAGAAGAAGUCCAAAAGGAUUAUGAAAAACAGAUCGAACUUCAGAAUGAGAUUGACGAACAAAUAGAAGCUGAACGUAAAAGAAAGCAAGAGCUUAAAGAAUUGGCUGAUAACCAUAUUCUCUCUAAUUAUUUAAAAGAGAUGGAUAUUGAGAAUGAAGAAGACAAAGAUGAAACUUCAAGGAAAAGUUUAUGUAGCCUACCAUCCCAAGACAAGAGUGAUAGUGAUGACUACUCCUCUUUAGUUGAUGAUAUCAGGACCGUGUAUGAACUACAAGAUGAAGAGACAUUAACACAAAAUGAAGUUGAGACUGUGAUAAAGAAACCAACUCCAGCUCCAGAUUCAGAAGAUAGCAGUGAAAGUUUUGAAAGGGAAGGUGAUAAUUCGAUUGGAUUGCAUGAAAGAAGUUCAUUUGAAGAUAUUGAAGGGCUAGAAAAGACUUUAAGCAAUCUUUGUCCCCAAUUCCCGAUUAAUUAUGUGUCUAAACCAUCAAAGAGGAGUCCUAAAAAAGAUUGAGAUACUUUCAUCGAGAAGAAUACAGCCAUUAAUAACCUGAACGAAAGCUUCUUAAGAUGAAGAAUGAGCUCAAUCCACAAGUCAGGAAAAUCUUUUGGUAGUAAAUGCUACUCUCAGAAGGUAUCUCCCAAGAUGUCCCCAAAGGCUCAUACUCUGAGAUUAGAUAACUCUGAUUUUGGUAGUUUCUGCUCUCAGAGCCCUACAGAUGAUCUGAAAAAGACUCAGAAAGAAAUAAUUAUUGAAAAUCUUAACUCUUUUUCAUCUAAAUCCGGCAACUCUAUGAGAGAGAAGGAGUCUCUGAUUGCAAGCCCAAUGAAUCAACUGAGAAUCACUUACUUGUCUGACAAAUUCAAAGACUCUGAUAAAGAAUCGAGGAAGAUAACUAAACAGAAAAACUUUAGUGAGGUUAAUCUCCUAGCACCUUCUCUGAUGAAUGGAUAUCCUAGGAAUGGGUUCUCUCCAACCUCAUCUAGGAAGCAAGCUGCAAAAAUGUACGAGCCUUUGAAGCCAUUGCAGAAAGUCUCUGAGAAGCAUGUUGACAUUCAGUCUUUCAAAGAUCCAAACAAAGUCAAGAAGCAGAAAAAAUUAAAGAGAAAUGGAAGAAGAAAAAAUAGGACUAGAAGCAAGAAAUUUAGAGAACUUUCUUCAAGAGGUCAAUUCAAAUACAGAGGAAGGACAGGAUUCGCCCUUAUCAAAAAGUACAGAUCUAAGAGAAGAAUUGAAAGCCUCAAACUGAGAGAGAAUAGUCUUGGACAAAGAAAAAUAGAUGGAUCAUCUCGUAGUCGUAACUGUAGUGAAGAAGGAUUCUUUGAAACUAUAAAAUCCCAGAGUUCUGAUUGUCCAUCAAUUCCUAGAAGUAAAUCAUCGAAGAAGUCAAUGCCAGGAAUUUAUACAAGCAAAAAGUUGAAUGAGAAGUUUAGGCAGAUUAAAGAGGCAAAGAACAGAAGGAUUCAAAAUACAAUGCAAAAAAUCAUGAAGAUUCAUGCCCAUCAUGAUGACCAAAACCAGUUAUCAAGGAAGAGCUCAAAUGCUUUUUGAGAAAGCGUUAACCUAAACAACCAAUCUUCUAAUAAAAACUGUAAACAUUGUAUUGUUAGCUCAGGAACAGUGAGUCAUCAGCAAUCAUCUGAGAGAAACUUUAAUUUUGACACACCAAAAGUAUCAAUUAGUGAUCAUGAUUGUGUCCAUGGCUCAAGAAAUAGAAGAAUGCAUAAGAAUAUGGAAAAUUAUUCCAGAAAAGAUUCUGAAUGUGACUUCUCGAAUCCUGAGGAGAUCAAAAGUUACUCAAUUAAUUCUCAUGGAAAGCUCUCCCCAAAAUCAAUUUCUGAGGCUUCAAAAAGAAAUACUGGGUGUAGGACUCAGAAACCAUCAUUUAUUGAACAGAAGGAUGACUUGCAUGGAAGAACAUUCCAAAAGAAGGGAACAAAGAAUACAUACAACCGUCAAUAUUUAAUGCCAGUUAGCGAAAAUCCAGGAGUGACUAAAGAAAAGCACAACCAACACAAAAUAUCCAAUAAAACAACCACAUAUCAUACCAGCACUUCUAGUAUGAAUCAGAACCAGAAAAUAUACUUCGAGAGUAAAGAUUUGUACGCUGUUGAUCCAAAAUAACUUUAAAUUAAUUUAUUUCAACUCCUAA